CCCGCGCGCUCUCGCUCGCCGCGGUGCCUGCUGACCCGGCCGGCCUCCGGUUUGUCCGCAGCGCGGCUGAGGAAACUUGAACAUAACUUCAAAAGAGGAUUUGCUUCUUUAUUUCUGAUUGCAUAUACAUACCAAGGCCAUCAGAAUGUCGGGAGCAUCAGUAAAGGUAGCUGUUCGGGUACGGCCCUUCAACUCUCGAGAGACCAGCAAGGAGUCCAAAUGCAUUAUCCAGAUGCAAGGCAACUCAACCAGUAUUAUUAACCCAAAGAACCCAAAGGAAGCUCCAAAAUCCUUCAGCUUCGACUACUCCUACUGGUCUCAUACCUCACCGGAAGAUCCCUGUUUUGCAUCUCAAAAUCGUGUGUACAAUGACAUUGGAAAGGAAAUGCUCUUACAUGCCUUUGAGGGAUACAAUGUCUGUAUUUUUGCAUAUGGACAGACUGGUGCUGGGAAAUCUUACACAAUGAUGGGUAAACAAGAAGAAAGUCAAGCGGGCAUCAUUCCACAGUUAUGUGAAGAAUUAUUUGAGAAAAUCAAUGACAACUGUAAUGAAGAAAUGUCUUACUCUGUUGAAGUGAGCUACAUGGAAAUAUACUGUGAGAGAGUACGAGAUUUGCUGAAUCCAAAAAACAAGGGUAAUUUGCGUGUGCGUGAACACCCUCUUCUUGGACCUUAUGUGGAGGAUCUGUCAAAGCUGGCAGUCACUUCCUACACAGACAUCGCUGACCUCAUGGAUGCUGGGAACAAAGCCAGGACAGUGGCAGCUACCAACAUGAAUGAAACAAGUAGCCGUUCCCACGCUGUGUUUACCAUUGUUUUCACCCAGAAGAAACAAGACACUGAGACCAACCUUUCCACUGAGAAGGUCAGUAAAAUCAGCUUGGUGGAUCUAGCAGGAAGUGAACGGGCUGAUUCAACUGGUGCCAAAGGAACUCGAUUGAAGGAAGGAGCAAAUAUUAAUAAGUCUCUUACAACUUUGGGCAAAGUCAUUUCAGCCUUGGCAGAGGUGAGUAAAAAGAAGAAGAAAACAGAUUUUAUUCCAUACAGGGACUCUGUACUUACUUGGCUCCUUCGGGAGAAUUUAGGUGGCAAUUCUCGGACUGCGAUGGUAGCUGCUCUGAGCCCAGCAGAUAUCAACUACGAUGAAACUUUGAGCACUCUGAGAUAUGCUGAUCGUGCAAAACAAAUAAAAUGCAAUGCUGUUAUCAAUGAGGAUCCCAAUGCCAAACUGGUUCGUGAAUUAAAGGAGGAGGUGACAAGACUGAAGGACCUUCUUCGUGCUCAGGGACUGGGAGAUAUUAUUGAUACAUCCAUCGGGUCUCUUACUUCAUCUCCAUCUUCCUGCUCACUCAGUAGUCAGGUGGGCUUAACAUCUGUAACCAGUAUUCAAGAGAGGAUCAUGUCUACACCUGGAGGUGAAGAAGCCAUUGAACGCCUAAAGGAGUCAGAGAAGAUCAUUGCUGAGUUGAAUGAAACCUGGGAAGAGAAGCUGCGUAAAACGGAGGCGAUCAGAAUGGAGAGAGAGGCCUUGUUGGCUGAAAUGGGAGUUGCCAUUCGGGAAGAUGGAGGAACCCUAGGAGUUUUCUCACCUAAAAAGACCCCACAUCUUGUUAACCUCAAUGAAGACCCACUAAUGUCUGAAUGCCUGCUUUAUUACAUCAAAGAUGGAAUUACAAGGGUUGGCCAAGCAGAUGCUGAGCGGCGCCAGGAUAUAGUGCUAAGUGGGGCUCACAUUAAAGAAGAACAUUGUAUCUUCCGGAGUGAGAGAAACAACAGUGGUGAUGUUAUUGUGACUUUGGAGCCAUGUGAGCGCUCAGAAACCUACGUAAAUGGCAAGAGGGUGGCUCAGCCUGUCCAGCUGCGCUCAGGAAAUCGUAUUAUCAUGGGUAAAAACCAUGUUUUUCGCUUUAACCACCCGGAGCAAGCACGAGCUGAACGGGAAAAGACUCCUUCUGCUGAGACCCCCUCCGAACCUGUGGACUGGACGUUUGCCCAGAGAGAGCUUCUGGAAAAACAAGGAAUUGAUAUGAAACAGGAGAUGGAGAAAAGGCUACAGGAAAUGGAGAUCCUAUACAAAAAGGAGAAGGAAGAAGCAGAUCUCCUCUUGGAGCAGCAGAGACUGGAUUAUGAGAGUAAAUUGCAGGCCUUGCAGAAGCAGGUUGAGACGAGAUCCCUAGCUGCAGAAACAACUGAAGAGGAAGAAGAGGAGGAAGAAGUUCCUUGGACACAGCAUGAAUUUGAGUUGGCUCAAUGGGCCUUCCGGAAAUGGAAGUCUCACCAGUUUACUUCAUUAAGGGACUUACUCUGGGGUAAUGCCGUUUACCUGAAGGAGGCCAAUGCCAUCAGUGUGGAAUUGAAGAAAAAGGUGCAAUUUCAGUUUGUUCUGCUGACCGACACACUGUACUCACCAUUGCCUCCUGAGUUACUUCCCACUGAGAUGGAGAAGACGCAUGAAGACAGACCUUUCCCUCGUACAGUAGUAGCAGUAGAAGUCCAGGAUCUGAAAAAUGGAGCGACACAUUAUUGGUCUUUGGAGAAACUCAAGCAGAGGCUGGAUUUGAUGCGAGAGAUGUACGACAGGGCAGGGGAGAUGGCCUCCAAUGCCCAAGAUGAGAGUGAAACCCCCAUGACUGGCAGUGAUCCUUUUUAUGAUCGGUUCCAUUGGUUCAAACUUGUAGGAAGCUCCCCCAUUUUCCACGGCUGUGUGAAUGAGCGCCUUGCCGACCGCACACCCUCCCCCACUUUUUCCACGGCUGAUUCCGACAUCACUGAGCUGGCUGACGAGCAGCAAGAUGAGAUGGAGGAUUUUGAUGAUGAGGCAUUCGUGGAUGACACCGGCUCUGACGCAGGGACGGAGGAGGGAUCAGAUCUCUUCAGUGAUGGGCAUGACCCGUUUUACGACCGAUCCCCCUGGUUCAUUUUAGUGGGAAGGGCAUUUGUUUACCUGAGCAAUCUGCUGUAUCCGGUCCCUCUGAUCCAUAGGGUGGCUAUUGUCAGUGAGAAAGGUGAAGUGCGGGGAUUUCUGCGUGUGGCUGUACAGGCCAUUGCAGCGGAUGAAGAAGCACCUGAUUAUGGCUCUGGAAUUCGACAGUCAGGAACAGCUAAAAUAUCUUUUGAUGACGAGUACUUUAAUCAGAGUGACUUUACUUCAGUUGCAAUGACUCGUUCUGGUCUUUCGUUGGAGGAGCUGAGAAUUGUGGAAGGACAGGGUCAGAGUUCUGAGGUCAUCACUCCCCCAGAAGAAGUUAAUCGAAUGAAUGACUUGGAUUUGAAGUCAAGCACUUUGCUGAAUGGUAAGAUGGUCAUGGAAGGGUUUUCUGAAGAGAUUGGCAACCACCUGAAACUGGGCAGUGCCUUCACAUUCCGUGUAACGGUGUUACAGGCCAGUGGGAUCCUCCCUGAGUAUGCAGACAUCUUCUGCCAAUUCAACUUUUUACAUCGUCAUGAUGAAGCAUUCUCUACUGAACCCCUCAAAAACAAUGGCAGAGGAAGUCCUUUGGGCUUUUAUCAUGUGCAGAAUAUUGCAGUGGAGGUCACUGAAUCAUUUGUGGAGUACAUCAAAACCAAGCCCAUUGUGUUUGAAGUCUUUGGGCAUUAUCAGCAGCACCCCCUUCAUCUGCAGGGACAGGAACUGAACAGUCCACCUCAGCCAUCUCGACGGUUCUUCCCUCCACCCAUGCCACUCUCUAAACCAGUUCCAGCCACCAAGUUAAACACCAUGAGCAAAACCAGCCUUGGGCAGAGUAUGAGCAAAUAUGACCUUCUGGUUUGGUUUGAGAUCAGUGAACUGGAGCCUACAGGAGAGUACAUCCCAGCUGUGGUUGACCAUACAGCAGGCUUACCCUGCCAGGGAACAUUUUUGCUUCACCAGGGCAUCCAGCGAAGGAUCACAGUGACCAUCAUCCAUGAGAAGGGGAGUGAGCUCCACUGGAAAGAUGUUCGUGAGCUGGUGGUUGGCCGAAUUAGGAAUAAGGCUGAGGUGGAUGAAGCUGCAGUUGAUGCCAUCCUCUCCCUAAAUAUUAUCUCCGCCAAGUACCUGAAGUCUUCCCACAACUCUAGCAGGACCUUCUACCGGUUUGAGGCGGUGUGGGACAGCUCCCUACAUAACUCCCUUCUUCUGAACCGAGUGACACCCUAUGGAGAAAAGAUCUACAUGACCCUGUCGGCCUACCUAGAGCUGGAUCACUGCAUUCAGCCAGCCGUCAUUACCAAGGAUGUCUGCAUGGUCUUCUAUUCCCGAGAUGCCAAGGUCUCGCCACCACGCUCUCUGCGCAGCCUCUUUGGCAGCGGUUACUCGAAGUCCCCAGACUCCAAUCGAGUUACUGGGAUUUAUGAACUCAGUUUAUGCAAGAUGGCAGACACAGGUAGUCCAGGCAUGCAGAGGAGAAGAAGGAAAGUCUUGGAUACGUCAGUGGCAUACGUCCGGGGAGAAGAGAACUUAGCAGGCUGGCGGCCCCGUGGAGACAGCCUCAUCCUGGAGCAUCAGUGGGAGUUAGAGAAGCUAGAGCUCCUCCAUGAGGUGGAGAAAACCCGGCACUUCUUGCUGCUUCGUGAGCGACUUGGUGACAGCAUCCCCAAGUCCCUGAGCGACUCACUGUCUCCCAGCCUGAGCAGUGGAACUCUCAGCACCUCUACCAGCAUCUCCUCUCAGAUCUCAACCACCACCUUUGAAAGUGCCAUCACACCCAGUGAGAGCAGUGGCUAUGACUCAGCAGACAUUGAAAGCCUGGUGGACCGAGAGAAAGAGCUGGCAACCAAGUGCCUGCAACUUCUUACCCACACUUUCAACCGGGAAUUCAACCAGGUGCAUGGCAGCAUCAGUGAUUGCAAGUUGUCUGAUAUCUCUCCAAUUGGUCGGGAUCCCUCUGUGUCCAGUUUCAGCAGUGCUACCCUCACACCCUCUUCUACCUGCCCCUCUCUGGUAGACUCAAGGAGCAGCUCUUUGGAUCAGAAGACCCCAGAAGCCAAUUCCCAGGCCUCCAGUCCCUGCCCAGAAUUUGAACAGUUUCAGAUUGUCCCAACUGUGGAAACAUCCUAUUUGGCCCGAGCAGGAAAAAAUGAAUUUCUCAAUCUUGUUCCAGAUAUUGAAGAAAUUAGACCUGGCUCAGUGGUCUCUAAAAAAGGAUACCUGCAUUUCAAGGAGCCAUUUUCCAGUCACUGGGCUAAACAUUUUGUUGUGGUCCGCCGUCCGUAUGUCUUCAUCUACAACAGUGACAAAGACCCAGUGGAGCGUGGAAUCAUUAACCUGUCCACAGCACAGGUGGAAUACAGUGAGGACCAGCAGGCCCUGGUGAAGAUGCCUAACACCUUUGCCGUGUGCACAAAACACCGUGGUGUUCUUCUGCAGGCUCUCAAUGACAAAGACAUGAACGACUGGUUAUAUGCCUUUAACCCACUCCUGGCUGGCACAAUACGGUCAAAACUCUCCCGCAGACGCCCGAGCCAGCUCAAGUACUGACUCUGCUGCGGCUGUCAUGCGCCUUCAGAGAUAAAGAAAGUGUUACCUCUCA